AUGACUCUUGAUUCUCAUAUGCGUGCACCUGUAUUCUUUAUCUCUCAUGGAGGUCCCAACUUGCUGGAUAACAAGGAAAAGCCUGGAGAGUUUUAUACUUGGUUUGGUCAAUAUAUUCAGCAGGAACUGAAGCCAAAGGCUAUUGUAAUCAUCAGUGCUCAUUGGCAAGGUGAAGGCAAACAUGGCAUUUUCGUGGAUACAUCAGAGAAGCCCAAGUUAAUAUAUGACUUUUACAAUUUCCCAAAGCAUUACUAUGAAGAAACUUGGGACCAUCAAGGCUCGCCUCAAUUAGCGAAUCGUGUCAUUGACCUCUUAAAAAAGGCUGGCCUUAGUCCAUCAGGGGAAAAGUAUGGCAAUGAUCAUGGUGUUUGGGUUCCAUUGAAGCGGGCAAUGAAAUCUAACCCAGAUAUUCCAAUUGUUGAAGUAUCCACAUUUGCUCAUGAAGAUAUGUCAAUGCAUAUCAAGGUGGGUGAAGCAUUAGAAUCACUCAGAGAUGAAGGUGUUGUUAUUAUUGGUAGUGGAAGUGCAGUUCAUAACCUACGAGAGCUCUGGAGUUCGAUGAAUAAGCCAGUACCAGGUUUUGUUUAUAAUUUUGAUAAAGAACUGGAUCAAAUAGCUUGUGAAUUAAGCGGAGAAGAGCGUAACCAAAAAGCAAAUGAAUUAAAUAAGCAUGCUGAUUUCAGAAAAUGUCAUCCCACAGCAGAGCAUUUGGUUCCCUUUCAUGUUGCUAUAGGUGCUGCUGGUAAUGAUAAGGGUCGAAAGUUACUGACUGAUUAUAUUGGUACAUUAAGUUGGUCAUGCUAUGGAUUUGGAUUAUCAGAAGAUAUCAAGCUGCCUAAUUUCUCCUAA